GAAACUUGCCACAUCACUAAAAUAAUCGAUAUCGGAAAACUUCAAUGGGCGUUUUCGUCAUUUCCUUAAAAAGAGCCGCGAGACAGUCGUUGACGACGGUGACAGUUACGGCGGCGUAAACCUUAUCGGACGAAUGAAGAUGCUCCGUUCUCCUUUCUCCGUCGUACUCUCUCUAUUCAUCCAAGUCCUUACUCUAGCCAUAGCUCUCGAUCCUUCACAGCCAGACGAAUCCAACAUCACCGUAACACCGAUUCUACAGGAUGUGUUGAAGGAGAUAUCGGUGAAGCAGAAGUGGAAUCUGGAGGAAGUGAGAUUUUCGAAAUUGGAAGUUAAGAAGAUUCGUAUUGGUAGUGGUCGGAGAUUUGAGAUCCGGAUCCGAUUUGGGAAGAGCAGAUUUGUGUUUAUCUUCCCUGAUGAAGUAACUGGUUGGAGAAGAAGCGGUGGAGGAAGAGAUGUGGAGUUGCAGGAAGUAGUUAGGGAAGUUAAUUCGAGUAAGGUUCUUGAUUCGCUUGUAUUGAAAGGUCCAUUUGAGCUACGAGUCGAUGGCGAUGAUCGUCUCUCGCUUUCGUUGCCGAUGAACAUUUCGCACAACGGCUUAAAACGAGUGCUUGUGAGUGAAGGCAUUUCAGUAGAAAUAAGGGAAGCUCAAGCAGUCUCUCUUUUCCACUCAUCCCAUCGAAGAUACGCUGCUACUGUAGAUAUGAAAAACGGAAAUUGUUUAUUGUCGUUUUUAGGCUCUGUGUGUGUGCCACUACCACCCAUACAAAUCUUAGGAUCAGCUUCAUUGGUGGCAUUUAGGACAUCAAACACGGAUUCCCAAAUCAAAACUUCUUACUUAUCCGAUGAGGCAAUCCAGAUACAUCCAGAUAAAUGUUAUGACAAAGCUCACACGUACAGGCAGCAUCGUUUCCCAACUGAUCUUCUUGGCCUGAAGAUUAACAAGUUAGAAAAAGUUCUGAGCUCUUUAGGAAAUGGAACCCGACAAACAGUAAGCUCUGUAACAGCAAAACUAAAGGCAUCAGGAAUGGUACGGUUUCAGUUAGAGAUCGAGAGAAGUAUUGGGAAGAACGAGAGUGUAAUAAGUAAAAGAGUAGAGUGGAGAACAAAACCAAAGAUCGAACGGGUUUGGUUUGAAAUAACGGCGAAAAUUGAAGGAGAUAAGUUGAAAGCAGUGGGGAUGAGAAAAGUAGUGCCUUUCAUUGAAGUGGAUACAGAAGCAUGGAGCAGUUUAAUGUCUAACAUGUCAUUCACAAAGUUUCCAUCAUUACUUGUUCCUCAAGAAGCUUUAACACUCGAUGUCAAAUGGUAGGCGCAACACUUUUGUAAGUAACUUUGUCUAAAGCCCUUUUGUUUUUGUUUCCAGAAUGGCAGAAACCAAAAUGUAAUGAUGGAUUGUAUUUACUUGCGCUUGUAUGUAUGUGUAUAUACUUCUGGUUCUAUAAAGGAUUAUUUAUCAC